GGCGGGCGCGCGCUCGCGGGGAGCCGGGCCCGGCGGGAGCGGCGCCGACGAGGGCGGAAGUGUGCGGCGGGGGCGCGCGGGCGGCGGCACCCCAAUGAGAGCGCGGGGGGCGGUGGCGGCGGCGGCGGUUAAAGCGGAGCCGGGCGCCGGGCUGGAGCCGCAGCGCGGAGCCGCCGGGUCUUAGCCCCCAGAUCUAAUUGGUUGCCUGGCACUUCAUCUGUGGCAAGCAGGACAAUGGCUGCCAGCAAAAGCAAGAACCAGAGUUCCUUGGCCCUCCAUAAAGUAAUUAUGGUUGGCAGUGGAGGUGUGGGGAAAUCUGCACUCACUCUUCAAUUUAUGUAUGAUGAGUUUGUAGAAGACUAUGAACCUACCAAGGCUGACAGCUACAGAAAGAAAGUAGUUCUGGAUGGUGAAGAAGUUCAGAUAGACAUUCUGGACACAGCAGGACAGGAGGAUUAUGCAGCUAUCAGAGAUAACUAUUUCCGCAGUGGGGAAGGGUUUCUUCUAGUCUUCUCGAUAACAGAGCAUGAAUCCUUCACAGCAACAGCAGAGUUUCGGGAACAGAUCCUGCGUGUGAAGGCUGAAGAGGAUAAAAUCCCUUUACUGGUAGUGGGAAACAAGUCUGACUUGGAAGAGCGCAGACAAGUGCCUGUAGAAGAGGCUAGAAGUAAGGCAGAAGAGUGGGGUGUGCAGUAUGUAGAAACCUCUGCCAAAACUAGAGCAAAUGUAGAUAAGGUAUUCUUUGAUUUAAUGAGAGAAAUCAGAGCAAAGAAAAUGUCAGAAAACAAAGACAAGAAUGGCAAGAAAAGUGGCAAGAACAAGAAAAGCUUUAAAGAAAGAUGUUGCUUACUGUGAUGCUUGGGAACUGUAAAUAUCUAUCUACAGAUGGCAUGGAUAAGAUACCACUAAGGAUAUAGGGCUGGAUUCAUGAAAGGAAGUCUGUAUUGACUCCCUUAUCUUUUGCUUUGCGUAUCACACCUUCAAAAUGUGAAAACAGAACUUUGAAACCAUUUCUGGUAUCCAACAAAGCCUAUGCCUACUUAAACUGAAAUGGGCUCUGUCUUCCCAGUAUCUUUCAAAACUAGAAAUAGUUUCAGAACUACAAUCUUUCUGCUUGGUUAUACAAAAUACUUUCGUAUUAACUUCCUAGUUUACUCUAAUGUUUCUCUGAAUAUGUUUCUCUUGAACAUCUACUGGCCUUAACAAGCACAGCUGUUCAGGUUCAAACAUUUUUUUCCACUGUUGCUGCUCUCCUUGAUGUUGCAAACUGCAGAAAAACUAGAUGACAUCUGGUAAAGGGUUUGAGUCUCCAUCUUCUGUUGUCACUGAUAUUUCUUACACUGAAAUCUGCUGGCUUCCUCACCACACUCCAUGUAAGAAAUAGCAACUGACACUUGAGAGUCAACUCAAAACAAACUUUCUUCCAUGUUCUGUUUAGUCAAUACAGCAUUCAUGAAUCAAGCCUAUGGACUCAAUUCAGACUUAUUUAGGCAAUGCAAAAAUUGGUAUUUAAAUACUGGCUAGAUGCAUUCCCCGCUGGUCUGUCUUCUCAUCCUUAAAUUAGUGGCAUGGGAUGAGAAAGUGACUUUCUUCAAAAGGAAUAAUAUUGUCACCAUUUCCUUGAAAUGAUGUCCUGGGUUUCUUCCAUGUAUUGUGGCUAGACUCAGUUACACUCACUCUACAUCUGCCAUCCUUCCCCUUCCUGGUACUGGAAUAGUGAAAUUCAAAGUGUUGAUUUCAUCAGUUUUGUUUAUAUUGGAACACUUGUGAUCGUGUUGGAAAGUGGGAAUGUCUGCAUCUGUCUCUUGUCUUGCUGAAGAUGAAAACUUUGAGUAAGGAUGGGUCACAUCACACAAUCAUGACUUGGAAUAGGUGAGGCAUACAUGCUACCUCUCAAUGAUUAACUGGCUAGCGAGUUGUAUGGUGUCAAAAAGCAAAUGAAGUUAAGCAGUUGCCACAUCUGUUACUGUUAAUUUUAUAUGUACUGUUUUUGAUGCACAGCAACCUAGCACAUGGGGAUGCAUGUUGAGUUUUGCUGUCAGUUAUGCAAUGGUGGUCACAUGUUGAUCAACAAAAACCAGCCUAGAAAUGGAAAAGUCAGUAUUUAGUUCCUCUUGUCAGCUGACUGAACUGAGCUUUCUGGUGCAGUUUAAGUGCAGUUGCCAAAAAACACUUCUGCCACUGUUGUGGAAAGUAACUGUCUCUUCUGAUUGUGGAGCCUCUCAAUGAAUUAUGGCUGUCUUCUGUUUUGAAGGAGUAGAGAGACUUAAAGUAGUGACUGUACCUUGCUUGUUAACUGGAUGCUUAAAACAGUUGCUUGGUGAAAGGAAUAUGCUGUGUGGUUGUUCAGUGAAGCACACUGCAGCACUAAAUUAACAAACAGUGUUUCUUCUUGAGGUGAAGAGUAGUGAAUACUGUUCAGUACUUCGUAUUGUAAUUUGAGGUUGAAAAACAUUUUUUAACAUGUACUAGAUUGCUCUUGUGCAUUCCACCUCUGAAGUCUGAAAAAAGUAAGAUGUGUUAGAUAACAGAACCUCUGUUGGCCUGAGGUUUCACAGGGACUUAUCGCAAACUCAUUGUCUUCCAUAACUAGUUCAACUUGUCAGGCAACAUAUUGGAUUGGGGAAACUGUACUAAAUAAAAGGUGCUGUAAUCUUCA